AGUAAGCCCCACGUGUAAAUCUGUCGUACUGUUUCCAAUUAUCAUGGCGGCUGAGGGUGAUGUUGAGUUGGAAUUAGAAAAUGAGGAAAAUUGCACUGAGCGCCCUACUGAGAAACCCCGUAAACAUGACAGCGGUGCAGCAGAUUUGGAACGUGUCACGGAUUAUGCUGAAGAAAAGGAGAUUCAGAGCUCUAACUUGGAGACGGCAAUGUCUGUAAUUGGAGAUAGAAGAUCCAGAGAACAGAAGGCAAAGCAAGAAAGGGAAAAAGAACUGGCAAAAGUCACCAUCAAAAAGGAGGAUGUGGAACUCAUUAUGAGUGAGAUGGAAAUAUCAAGAGCGGCAGCAGAACGCAGUCUCCGAGAACACAUGGGUAAUGUUGUGGAUGCAUUAGUAGCACUAACAAAUUAAAUGUGCACCCACUUACUCAUUCAGGCUGAAGCAGCAACACGUUGCAUAGUUGCCACUGACAGUUUAAGGUGAAUGGCUCUCCAUGAGGGGAAGAAGCCAGAUGAUGGACUGCUGUUUGGAAAUGCCUAUUGCAGCUAUUUUUCACAUGUAACCAUCAUUUACUGUCAUUUAUGUUUACAUAAGUGAAUAUUUUCAUGGAAGGACUGCAUCUUCUGGGACAGUUUUUGUAUAAAAAAGCAGGGAUUUCCUUGUACUGUGUAUUAAAUCAGUCCACUUUGAUUAA